AAGGCCUAGGAGGUUGUCGAGGUCGUUCACGACGCGCUCCCUGCCUGCAGCACAAUGGCGCAUGUCACAUGUUCGACGAAAUGCUCGCACCAGGUCGCCACCACCGACAAAGUCGACAAGGUCACCACCGUCUACCACGAGUCCGUCAUCGACCUCAGUGACAAGACCGGAUGAGGACACACUCGUGGCGGCCACUCCGGACGUCGCCGUCGAGCUUGCCGUCCUCUCAAGCGUCUCCUUCUCCACCAACAAGGUCCAUGAGGUCAUUGUUGUUCCCCGCAGUGCGUCCCCUGUCUACAUCGGCAUGGCGCCUUCCACCUGUUCGACGAAAUGCUCCAACCAAGUUGGUGCCACUUCGUUCCCGUCUCCAGUCACGACGGCAUCGCUACUCCCAGCAGCCACACGUGAGCUCGUCGCCGACCUCGUUUGUCCUGCUACCAAAGCCGUCAAUUCGAUGCAGCCGUUCCGGAAGCAUGACUUGGAUGUCUCGCCGCACACAAGCCACCAGGGCCGCCUGCUGCUACGGCCGAUGCCGUGGCCAUCAUUGCGGGCAACUCGUAUUGCAGAGGGAAUGGAGACUCGACCCAUUCUGUGGCCGUCGUUUGCAAUCGGUAUGCCAUCAGAAGUCUGUCAUUCUAGUGUUGCCCAUUGGAACUUCUCAGUGACUACUUCUGUUCAUGGCCUUCAUGCAUGGACAUUCAGGGAACAUCCAUUUCAGUUUGCCCAGGUGCUUGACAUGGCUUUGACUAGUAGCAGCUUUCCAAUGGAAUCAUGUCAUGUUGGAGAUCUUGUGGGUAAUCACCGUGGACACCGCAUACAGAAGAAUUUUUCUAGUGAUCUAAAUAUGAUGAGAGAAUCCUGGUGGUGUCUGCAAAUUGCGCAACAGAAAACAUUUCUUUUAGAGAAGGCUAUUUGUUGGAUCCCUCUGGUGCCAAGAUCUCUUCCUACUCCGAGUCAGCAACUAAUGCAACAAAAAGACACUGUGAACUUCACUGAUGCGGAACGGGUGCCAGUUAUAUCUUCUUUGCAGUCAUACUAUGAGUUUCAUGCUCAAGCUCGAGAAACUUCUUGUACCCGUAGGUUCUUUGUUUCAACUGAGCUACAGAGUUACCAUGGAACCAAGCUACGACCAAAACCAUCGCCACUAUUCGACUUCAAUCAAGACACCACCCAGCUGAAGAUAAAAAUGGACAUCUUUUUCAUGCAAUUGCCGAACAGUACACGUGGGGUUCGAGCACUGAAUGUGUGGUCAGCUCUAUCCAAGGGUAAUGAGCAUGCCAAUGCACUAGCAAUUUUUGAGCCAAGAGCAAUUGAAGAGCUUGCCAUACUGACCAGUUUUCAGUGCUGCUUCUUCAAACGUACACCAGAUUGGAUACUAUUGAUCAGGCCACCUACGGAAAAGAGAACAUCAGAGGACAAGAAUCCAUUAGUAUGGGCACUUUUCACAGAUGCUUGA